AUGGCUUUCAGACUUGAUCCACGUGGUGACCUGCCACUUUCCAACAUCCAUCCAAGCUCUUACUACACCGACCGACGCGGAAUUGCCUACAGCAUGCCAGUCAAAAAGCCGAAGCAGAAGCAGUGUUAUGACUGGAUCUUCUCGACAGCCUCGAACGUCCAUAUUGCCAUCGAUCGUUCUGCCUUCAACACAUAUGUCUCCUUCAAGUCGUACAUCCUCACGAUUGCCGAUCAAAGUCAGGUUACCGUCCGAGGCAUUGGCACGGUCGAAAUAAAGAUACGUCGUGCCCCAGGAAAUAAGGAAAGCCACACAAUCCGCUUGGAAAAUGUGCUCCAUGUGCCAGACUGGAUGUGCAAUAUCAUGUCGGAUAUCUGCUUUCUCCCUGAGAUGAACUACGAGCACACGUGGACCGAGUUUGGCGUCAACUUCUUCGUCCGAGAGAACGGCAAAUUCAGACCUUGGGGUUACACCGAAAAUUUCUGCGGUCUCGACCGAUUGAUUCUGUCCCGGCGUAAGCAAGGCCGAAGUCCCAUGCUGGAGGAUCCUGAUCGAGAGGUGUUCUCUGUCAGUGUGACUUGGCCACAAAGUCAACAGGACAAAUGGACCAACUAUCUCGCUGAAGAGAUGAGGUUCGAAGCUGGACGCAUUGGGCAUACCUCCAGAAAGCAAAAGGCAGACGAGGAAGCGAGAGUUGGUAAGAGAGAGGCCAAAAGCGUCAUGGUCGAGCCGUCCAAAUGGAAGCUAAUGCCAGACCUGAACAAGAGCAUCAAGCAGUCUAUGAGUGGGAUUGUUGAGAGCAGUGGUAGACCCAGUUUGCUACCCAGAGGGUCCAGUCUGAUGUUUGAGACCCGAAAGGCGUGA